AGCUCUUCUGGCUCCAGCCAAUAACCAUCUGGUCUUCCAAGUAGAUUCUUUUGCAUCAAUGCCGCGCUCAGUGCUCGAUGCUGCCGACCUGGUCUUGGAUGCCUCGCAUGUUAAGGAGAUCCUUGCCGGGACGACUGCCGAUGUGGCGAAGUACUUUGGCAUGAGUGAGCGUGCCGCUGGCGUGUACCAGGCCAUCCAUCAGGAGUUUGUGAGCACCAGAGAUGACGAUGACGACGAGUGUUGCCUUUGGGUUUUCUGCUGCUGCUGCAUGUGCGUGGCUGCGAUUUGCGACGACGACGGCUCGUUUUUGGAAAAGCGGCGCAUGGACAAGAAGGAGCCGGGGCAAAUGUCCAUGGACGUGGAAGCGGUGCCACAGGUCAAGCGGGAGAGCUUUCUGGAAAUGCUCCAGCGGGGCAUCACGAAGGAAGCCAUUGCGCGGGCUUUGUCGGGCCAGGCCUUUGCCAAAAAGGAAAGAUACGCACUCUGGUUGGUCAGAGCGAAGUUCGGAGCCCAAGACCGAGAUGAGCUGCAGUCCUGCAUUGCGCAAGUGAAGAGUGUGGCGCCGGACCUUCUGACAAAGGAUCAUGUGAACGCAACACAGCUGGAGGAGGACUUUAAGAAAGUGAAAACCGACGGAAAGGCUGCGUUCAGACUGGGCAGGUCCCUGGCCACGGCGCUCUUCAUGGAGCAUGGCGCGCAACUGCACAGCGGAGGAUUAGGUGCUGUCGGCCUUGCUGCGUGCGAGAAAAUGUUCUGCGACGGUAAUUUGCGAUAUGAGCUGACUGAGUCUGGCAUGCACCAAUGCCGCUGGACCUGCCCGGCUGGCCACAUCCCGCACACCUACAAAGAGCUUCGCCUGUCUCAACAAGGCGUGGUGGAGCCCGACCCCAUCGAAGUGCCCGCGCAGUGCGAAUCGGCGGCCGAGAGCGCGGUCACGGACGCUGACAGUGACCCCGCCACGUAUGAGCAGUCCAGCACUGCGAAACUCGUCAACCGCAUGCCAUACAAAGCGGAGCCGGCGUACAGCAGCGAGCCCCUGAAGAUUCUCAAGGCCUUCUCCCCGACACGCUUGGGCAACACCAUGCCGGCGGCCCUGCGCUAUUGGGGCGACUGCCGGCCUGCCGCUCCACAGGUGGCAGACAUUGUGGCUUUCACGGCGAGCGACAACCCGCAGAUUCCCAAGGGCUCUUUGGUGAAGGUGAUCUAUUUGGAAGGCUCUGGCUUGCUGCGCCCUACGAUCAGGGCAGGUCAUGCCCAAGUCGAGUACAACGGGGCGAAGCAUGACGUGUUUCUUUCGAACUUGCAGCACAAAGACAUGGUGCCUUUGGUGAUGCCCUCAGGGCUCAAAGAUUGGCUCCUCGCCACCAACGACACUGUGGAAGUGAACAUGCCCCAGCCCACCUUUACGGGGCAGGCGAACACGUACUUCAUCACUCCAGAGGAGUCCAAGAAGAGCCGCUAAGGCUGAUGUGACGAUCCUGUUGUGCCGAGUGAGGGCCUGCGCGCGCAAAGCAGAAAGGCCCGCGGACAAAAAGCACCGUGGUGGAGUCCUGCUGUAUGACUUUAGACUGACCCCGCAUGGCUUUUAUCCAUUGCCAAAGGUCUGGAAAGAGAGUCAGCCAGAUCUCAACCAAUUCCAAACCUG